AUCACCCCGCCAGACACACGCGAUGAUGCCAUUGACAUAAAUACAAAGUAUUUUGCAACACGUGUAUUUGACAUAUCGAUAAAACACACCCGUUAACCACAAAUGCGCUCACGUCACGUCCACGGAGGACAAAACCGGAACUGACCUGCAGGUCACGUGCCUGGUGCUCAUCUCGCGGCUGUUUUCGUUCACCAGAUAUUUCUUAUUAAAAUGGAACUGUUCCGCCGUCCGCGUGAGCAGGAAACUUCUGGUUCUGCGAGGACUCUCUGUCACUCAGACCACGACGCCAUGACACUCUCACCGGAAGUAGGCUGAUGACGUCAUUUUUACAUCGCUAUAUUUUCACCACCGAUCUGAAAUUUGGGUGUAGGCAUCAGUUUUUGAACUCGGUUGGAAAUGACGUCAUCUAUCCAACGACACGUCGAGACACUAUUCCUUCUUUUUUUUUCAAGUCACGUGUGGUGACCGCCCACAACGGUGGACUGCCCGCUGUUUCCGGUGCGACCGGCCUGUGGUCAUGGAGCUCGGUGACUUGGUUCGGUUUCGACACUGUGGGCGAACGGUCUACGUUUUGGCGGACUCUACUGUGAGUCCACGAUGUCCGCACUGUGGCAACGAGGUCCGAUUCGGCCUGUCCGAUGCGCCGGUUCGAGUCCACUGCCCGAUUGAAAAUGGACACAGCACGAGCUGCUGCUUCCUGGUGUCGUCACAGCUCGGACUUGCGGGACUCAGUGCUGACAAUGAGGCGGAGCUUCAUGUUGGCGUGUCAAACUCUACAGGUGUGGUCUUCAGUUACUCAGGCUCCGGGGUUCAGCGACAGCAGCAGGGCUGGACACACUGUGUGGUCAUUCCUUUGGUGGCUCCAGCCAACCAGGACCUGCAUUUCAUGGCUCAGUGGGACAGAGAUCUGGAGACAUUUGCUGCCCAGGACUGCUGGACUCCAGAGAGGUUUGAGGAGCAGAGGCGCUUUGGCUCGUGUUGCUAUGGUUUUGCUCUCGGCUUCAUCAACCAGGUGAUGAUGUCUGAAGGGAAGCAGCCUAUCAGCAGCCAGGAUUUCACAGCUCGGUGGGUUCUGCCAAAGACAGAGAGGAUGGCUAAGUUCUUGUCCUUGUGGGAGCUUGUUCGUCGUGAUGGUUACUUCAGUACAAAUCCCAGCUUCAGUUCAUAACUUCAGUUAA